AGAGCGACUUAUUUCUUGGAGGAGGUAUUUCUCGCAACGGCGGCAAAGGUAAACACGCCGCGAGCAGCUGACCGACGCACGUGCAACGCCGCCACCAUGUUCUGGAGUCUGCUGUUGGAGCCAGGCAAGCGGUACACCAAGGUGGUGGACAGCCCCUUCCACAUCUCAGCGGCAGUCCUCGACACCACCACACAUGACCAUGGCAUUGUCAGGGUCAUUGUGGACAUUGGGGACACUGAGGCUCACAUUGCAAACCUGAGCCUCAAGCUUGGCAUCCUCCAGUUCCCCCUUGACCUCCAGAUUGAGUCUGGGAGCCGCAUCUCCUUCUACACCACCGGGGCCAAGUGUAAUGUCCACCUCUCAGGCUAUGUCUUGUUCGAUGAGGAGGAUCUUCCGUCAGAUGAGGAGGACGACAUCAGUGAGGAGGAGGAGGAAGACGUCCCAACCCUCGUGACUGCACCCGUCAAGAGGAAACCCGAAGACAACCUUGCAGCAGCAGCCAACAAGAAGGCCAAGGUACAGAAGGUCGCCGCAGCAACCCCCAACAAUGCUGCCCCUGCUGCUGCCGCGGCAGCAGCCAAGGCGAGCCCCAAACCCACAAAGGCCAAUGCUGUGCCAAACAAGGUGGCGGAAGAAGAAAUGGACUCAGACGAAGAUGAUGACGGUGAUGAGGAGGAAGAUGAGCUUGACGAUAGUGAUGAAGGAGAAGAGGAAGAGGAGGAAGAUGACGAAGAUGAUGAAAGUGAUGAUGAUGAUGAGGAGGAGGAGGAGGAUGAUGAGGAUGAUAUGAAUGAGCUAUCCAACCUAAAGCAAGCAUUGAAAGCAAAUGCUGUCAAACCCAACCAGCUCCUAAACAAGGAUCAGAUCAACAUGUCCAAGCUUGAGAAGACUCCUAAGGGUGCCAAGACACCAAAAGGGGAAAAACAGACUCCCAAAGGUGCUGCAACCCCAGGAAGUGAUGGUGCAAAGUCCCCAAAAGGUGCAGAGGGUGGCAAAACUCCCAAAGGUGCAAAGACUCCCAAAGGUGCCAAGACUCCAGGUGGUGAGGGUGGCAAAACUCCAGGUGGUGAGGGUGGCAAAACUCCCAAGGGUGCCAAGACUCCUGGGGGUGAGGGCAGCGCUCCAGACAAGAGCAAGAAGACUCCCAAGCAGCAGGGGGUCCCCACACAGAAUGGAAAAACACCAAAGUCAGGGACGCCAGCAGCCAAAGAUCAGGCCAAGUCACCCCAGACUCCAAAAACAGUGAAGCCAGGCGGUGUGGUAUGCGAGGACCUGGUGGUGGGCAAAGGAGCCGAGGCCAAGGGUGGCAAGAUGGUGAGUGUGUACUACGAGGGACGACUGGUGUCCAACAAGAAGAUGUUUGAUAAGUGUGACUCUGGCAAAGGGUUCAAGUUCCGGCUUGGGGGUGGCGAGGUCAUCAAGGGCUGGGAUGUGGGCGUUUCUGGCAUGAAGAUUGGUGGCAAGAGGAAAAUUACCUGUCCACCCCAUAUGGCUUACGGCAAGAAGGGAGCUCCUCCGGACAUACCUGGGAAUGCUGCGCUCAGCUUUGUUGUAGAACUCAAAGGAAUCAGCUAAGGAUUUAAUUUUCUAUUUAUAAAGUUUUCUAAGAAUCUACAAGCAGCUUUUUUUUUUUUUUUUAUGCAAAUUUACUUUUUUUUAUGAAUACAAUAAGUCUUGUAAUAAUUUUCCAAUAUUUUAAGGUCAGAAAAGUUCAAACUGUUUAUGUAGUGUGUGUAUGAAGUGUGCAUUGAAGAAGUUCCUUGGGUAAGAGAGAAUAAAUUGGUGAAAACUGUGUGUGUGUGGAACCAGUAAUGGGUGUUACUGUUAUUCAAAGUUUAACCUUUACAAUCUCAUGAAGGAGUCUUACAGAGACUACCAUUUUGUAAAAAAAAUUUUUUUUCUUCUGAGCAUCAAAGGAUGUUGUUUUAAUAAAAUUAAGCAAUGUUU